AUGGAGACACACAGAGAUAUCAGACAAGAGGAGCGUGAGGAAGCACGAGCUGAAAGACGACAGCACCGGUGGCGGAUGCAAAAUGAUCCGCUCUAUCAUUACGUUCCUGAGCUUGGAGGCUGGUACGAUGAAGAUGAGGAAGCAGAGGAACGCAAUAUUGCCGAAGAUAUCAUGAAGCUCAUUGAAGAUAACUGGUGA